CUCUCUUCACCAUCACCACUAUUUCCUAUCGUUUGCUCCUACCAGAAAGAACGCCAUUAAGAUGCCCAAGGGAUACGCUAUUGCCGACACGAAGAAGUGGACCGACUUCAAGGUCAUCGACUUUGACCUCAAGACGCCCGAAGACGAUGACGUCGACGUUGACAUCCAGUUCUGUGGUGUCUGCGGCUCCGACGUGCACACCAUCUCGGGAGGCUGGGGCGAGCUGAGCGUCCCGGCUGUGAUUCCCGGCCACGAGAUCGUGGGCAAGGUCACCAAGGUCGGCAAGAACGUCAAGGGUAUCGAGGUCGGCCAGCGCGUCGGCGUCGGCGCCCAGGUCGGUUCGUGCGGCACGUGCAACCCGUGCAAGACGGACCACGAGAACUACUGCAUCGGCGAUGGCAAGAAGGGCUUGGUCGACACCUACAACAGCCUUUACCCCGAUGGCAAGGCCGCCCAGGGCGGCUACAGCACCGCCAUCCGGGCUCACCAGCAGUUUGUCUUCCCCAUCCCCGACGCCAUCACGUCGGAGGAUGCUGCCUCGAUGCUCUGCGGCGGCCUCACCGUCUUUGCUCCCCUCAACCGCAACGGCUGCGGCCCUGGCAAGAAGGUUGCCGUCGUCGGUCUCGGUGGCCUUGGUCACUAUGCCGUGCUCUUUGCUGUGGCCAUGGGCGCCGAGGUGACCGUCAUCUCGCACUCGCCCAAGAAGAAGGAGGAUGCAUUCAAGAUGGGCGCCAAGCACUUUGUCGCCACGGGCGAGGACAAGGACUGGCACACGCGCUAUGGCCGCGAGCUGACGCCGUUUGACAUCAUCAUCUCGACUGCUUCGUCCAACGCAGUCGACCUCAAGUCGGUGAUGCACACGCUCCAGACCUACGGCUCGUGCGUCUACGUGGGCAUGCCCGAGGACCACUUUGAGGUGCGCGCCCAGACGCUGGCCUUCAACGGCUGCAACCUCCAAGGAUCGCACAUUGGCAGCAAGAAGGAGGCCCUCAAGAUGCUUGACCUCGCCGCCGAGAAGAACGUCAAGCCCUGGAUCGAGGUGCUGGACAUGAAGGAGUGCGCCAAGGCCGUCGCCCGUGUCCACUCCAACGACAUCCGCUACCGCUUCGUCCUCAAGCAGGACCUGGAGCCCGUUGCUUGAGCGCUUCGGUAGUCGUGUUGGUCUGAGAUACUGUCGCUACUUAACGGUGCGCCUAGCUAAAAUGUUUGAGAA